GGCUCUUCCAUCUAAAGGAAAUGAUCCCUGCCACCGUACAGGCAGUUAGGUCAGCUACCGUUUGUAUGUAUAUAGGAUUUUACACAGUACGUUUUUGUUAUUUAGUUGUAUUACUGAUAUUACUGGCAAAUGGAAAAAAAACUUAAGUGUAAUAUGAACUAUUUAAACACCUGUUAAUUUAAUGAAAGUACUUUAAAACUCCUGUUGAAAGUUUAGUUGUAUGUUUCUAGUUUUGUAACAUUAAUAGAUGUUUUUGUCCUUCCAAAAAUUGGAAUGUAUAAUUUAGAGAAAAAAGCGAGGUCUGUGUUUCAAAUCCUGGCAGUCACUGCAUUGGUCUAAUAGUUUAUGGGUGUUAUGGCAAUUUCUGUGUAAAACCACAGGUGACUUCACUCUCCCUUUUAUAGCACUGCUACAUCUGUUGACUCUUUUACUCAUAUGGAAGGCUAUCAUUUGUUUCCUUUAAGAAAAUCCAAAAACCUGUGUGAGUUUAGUUUGUAAGAGAGGCUCUGUCCAAAGACCCACGCUCACAGCCUUCUCUUGGUUCUGGUUUAGGAGUCGGGGCAGCCUAUGACAGAGUGGGGACUAAAGAAAGCAUCAUGAUCAGAGUCCCUGACCACACAGUGACCGCCCAUCUGUGCAAUAUGACUGGACCACUGGCCAUCACUUCAGCCAAUCCAAGUGGAGAGCCUGAUAGCACACACCAUGACAUGGUGAUAACGCGUCUCGGGCACAAAAUCAGUGGGGUUCUGUGUGACGGAGAAUCAAAUGAAGCGGUCGGUUCCACUGUGGUCAACUGUUUGAAGAUAGAUGAAGGUACAAUCACUAUUAUACGAGAAGGCUGUUUUCCUGCUGCCCAAGUUAGACACAUUUUUGAAAAAGUCAAAAAUUCCAUGGAGUAAAGACAAGGAACACUCACUACAAAUAACAGUAACGUAGUGAAUCACUUCUCAGGAUGUGAGAAGUGUACUAGCUGGUGAAAAUGUGAGCAGUGAUCUUCAAUUAUGAUGUAGUGACAUCACUAGGAUAAUAAAUUAUUAUUAUAGUAUUUAUAAUUAUAAAAACUGUGCCAUUUAAUUUAUUCUUAAACUUGUUUCUGUGAAGACUGGCAACAUUUACUCCUGAAAUGAAGAUUUCAAAUUUUACAGUCCACAUUUGUGAAUAAUGUAUAUAGUAAUAAAGUAUAAAUAAACAUUUUGUGUGUGCAUAUAUUGAAAACACUUUGAUGGUAAAUUAUAAUACAAUUUGUGUAUGCUAUGUACUUUAUGUAAUUAUAUUUGUUAUAGGUUUGUAUUUAUAAACUAAUAAAACAAAUCAAAUAAUUUGGUGAAUCUUACCCCUGAAUGCUAUUUGCUAUGAUUGUCUCAAAAUCCUGGAUAUAAAAGAACUGGUCAAGCAAUUAAAUGCAUAGUAUAGGCAUUAGAAAAACAUGGUCAAUUGUUAAAAAUUAUAUUUGUCGGGGUGACAUUUCUGUUUUGUAUCUGCUGUGAAUUUCCUUCCUUAAACAUGUGCUGUUUUAUUUCAUAAGACAUUUUUAAUACUGUGUAUAUAUGUAUAUAGAUAUUUUUUUUCUAUUCUUAUAAAGUAUACUAUGUCUAGGAAGAAGUGACUGGAUUUUGAAUCUGUAAUUAAUCCUUGUUAAAACUGUAUAAACUGUUCAAUGUCUUAUAAUUACAACAUGUAUUCUGUGAUUGUCCUUAUCAAUGACCAUCAAUAAAGUAUAAUUAAGACUCAAA